CGUUGCCAGGAAACAAGAAUAAAACAAACUUAAUCGCUGAGAAUCCGCAAGCGCUGCGUUCCCAGCUUCCCGGGAGCGGGGCCGGUCAUGGCGGCGCGGAGCCGCGAGAAGGAGCCGCCCGAUCUGGUGCAUCAGAACCAGAUUUUCUGCGAGACCGUCCGGAAGGAGCUGCGGUGCCAGAAACUGCACACGGAGUACGGGGUCAACCCCCUCAAACGGGUUCACACGAUCACCAGGAAGCCAAUGUCUUGGCAUGAUAAUAUAGAAGAGCCUGCGGAUGCCAAGUUUCUGAAUCUUAUUCACCAUGCUGCACUGGAGCCAACCAGGAAAUACACAGAGCCACAGACAGAGAGCCAGGAAAUUGGCUGGAACACCACUCCCUUGAUUAGCGUGGCCCGCGCUGACCGCAGACUGUACUUCCCAUGCCGGAACAGUGAGAUCACCAAGUACAUGGCUGCCAUGUGGCGCCUGAAGGAGCAGAGUGAGAACAUGCAGUAGGGUGCUAGUAGCAACAUUGCUUUGCUAGGCAGAGUUGUGUGGUGUUGGUGUUGGAGUUUUUAAACAAUGUUGCCACCUCCUCAUUGCCAUGGGUAGCCCUGUAAAUUUCUGAGCAAGGGAGGAGGAAUCUCCAGCUGGGCCAUACCUCCUGGAAGCUGACAGCUGUUACAGAAAUAAACCCAUGUGAAAGUUC